GUGGACCAAGUGAUAUUCAAUCGCCUACCGAGCGAUGUGUCGUGUUACAUAUUUUUUCUGAAUUAAAAACGCGAAUCGUAACUUUUAUAAUUAAUACCAGUCGUUCGAUAUAUCGUUUCGAAAAGUUGUCGCUGUAAAAAAGCUCAACCCGAAAUACUAAUCAUUUUUAUAUUAUUAUCCUUUUUUUUUUUUUGUAAAAAACUUGUUUAGACGCGAAGUGUACGCACAGAUAACAUCAGUCAAAGGAUUCGCAAGAUGGCUACGUGGUGCUCCGCAGUAAUGGUGUUGCUAGCAGUUGGCCGAGGCCUGGGCCGACCCGAAGCGCCGCUCACCGGUUUCGGCGGAGGCGGUGGCGGAUUCCCCGGGCUCACGCUGGACAGCUACGCGGCGCCGAUCAGUGGUGGCAGUAGCAGCGGACCGUACCCGAGUGGCGGCCCACCACCGCAAUACGGGCCACCGCAACAGGCGCCCGUCAUACACAAGCACGUGUACGUGCACGUUCCGCCCCCAGAGCCCACGUACUACGCUCCGAAGAAGCCUGUGCAACCGCCGCCACCACCGCAAAAACACUACAAGAUCGUGUUCAUUAAGGCGCCCACGCCGCCGCCACCCACCGUUCCGGAUAUACCGGCGAUCGCGCCACCGGCCGAGCAGAAAACGCUCAUCUACGUGCUGGUGAAGAAACCGGACGAAGCACCCGAGAUCCACAUCCCGACGCCCGCGCCCACGCAGCCGUCUAAACCGGAAGUGUACUUCAUCAGAUACAAGACCCAGAAACAAGAAGGCUACCCCAACUCGGUGGCAUCCGAGUACGGAGCCCCUGCGAGUCCGUCUCCGUCGAUCCCAUCGGACACGUACGGCUCCCCAUCUCCAUCCACAGGAUACGGCGCGCCCAGCGGUCCAGGAUCACUGUACUGAUGGAAAAAUAAACUGCCACCGAAUCAAGACCAAGACACGACACUUUGAUGUGAUACCUAAGUCGUCUAUUGUAUACAUAGCUACUAUAUGGUCAAAAAAUGGAAACGAUUAGGUUAUAUUAGUUAAACAAGCAAUAUCAAAUAAAAUAAGAGUAUAUAUCUAUAGGUUAUGCACGCCGACACACUGGCACACUGCGCAGUUGUACAUUAUAUUGUUAUUAUUAUUAUUAUUAUUAUUAUUAUAUUAAUUAUAUCCGAACGUAGGACGACGAUAAUGCGUAUAUAUAUAUAUAUAUAUUAUUAAAUUUAGUGUUGCCAUAAGAAAAAAAAUCUUAGAAUACGAGAAACGUCAGUUUCAAUAAUAGGUAAUAUAAUAUAUUUAACGACCUAUUAUUGUUGUUAAAAAAACCCGGAUGAUCUGCGGAAGAUGCUGUCUCGAAAUUUACACAAUAAUAUUAUAAUAAUAGGUACAUUUUAGCCAAUACAAACGACCAAAGUUGAAUACAUAAAAAAUCAUUUAUGAUAAACAUAAAAUACGAUUUAUCAUUAAUAUUAUCAUUAGUCCACCACCGCACCAUCAUAAGUCAUACGUUUGCACGAAAAAACGCACUUGCCAUUUCCGUCACAUUUAAAAAAAAACGAAUUUUUAAAGUUAUUGUACAUGUCAUCUUUACAUCUCAUCCUUACGGUCCCGUCCCUACAAGAUACGUCGUUGUUUAUGUACAUACACAAUAUACACACAUAAUACAUAAAUAUAUGAUAUACUAACGUGCCUACAUAAUCGUUAUUGUUUACUUUGUCCGGGUAAUAAUUAUUCCAUUAUUAUAAAAAGAUGUAUUGUCAUAGUAUCAUAACUUCCAUAUUAUCACGUGUGAAUAUAUGUUCGCGUGAGUGCGUGACCAUCAAGAUGUUUUCACUUUCUCUCGCUCUCAGAGUAUCUACCUAUUCAGAAUUCUAAAUUUUCGUAAAAUUAUUAUGCAACUGGAUUUUUUUCACUUUGACGGAUUCCGUGAUACGUAUAUGGAUGUAUAACAUUAUAACAUACGCACAACACGUUAUUGAAUAUACCUAUAUUAUACAAUCAUAUUCACAUGAUAUUAUAAUAAUAUUAUACAAUGUGUUCUAUUAACUGCGACGACGUUGUUGGAUAACCAAACAUUUUUUUUUCGUUUUAAACACACAAAUAUUUAGGUAAUUAAUGCGAAAAUCGGACUGUUAUAGCAUCAAGCCAAAUCACGUACGGAUCUACGAUACUAAAUAAAAAAAAUAAAAAUAACACACUUAUAAUAUACGUACAAAUAAUCACGACACCUUUACAAUACCUUUAUAAUAUGUAUUACUUAUUUGUAUAAUAUCCAACUGUUAUACUAAAAUUUUUUUUUAUUUUUUGUACAUAAUCAUAUUGUUAUUAUAUUUCAUUUGUUAGCAUGUAUAUAUUUUAUUGUGUGCAUUUUUUUUAUACUUAUUAUUAAUAUACACUUCAUUACCAACUCUUUAUAA